ACAGUCGCUCCAUGUGAGCUGGUGGGCGACUGGAAACCCCUCCGAGUCACGCUGCCCAGCGGCCGGGGGAGCGCUCGCCCGCAGUGGCGACCUCAGCACCGCCGUCUCCGGCGUGCUCCGUGCUCCUUCUGCGUCCUCCGCUCUUCUGGUUUUCCGCCUCGUCCCCUGGUGAUUUUUUUUCUUUUUUUUUUUCCCGAGAGGGAGAGGGCGGGGUAGGUGUCCCCUCCUCUGCUCCCCCCUCCCUUUCCUUCUCGGUUUGAAUUCUUCCCCCUGGCGUUGGUUCGCAGGAGCAAGAGGCAAGACCCGCGCGGAGGGAAGACGAAGGCUGCGACCGCCCUGCAGCUCCCAGCCCCGCCGGACUGGAGCCCGGAGCGGGUGAGGGGAGAAAAGAGGAAGUAGGAGGGGCUUGGCUUUCGGUCGUGCCUGAGGACGGCCCAUCUCCCUUCGAGAACCCCUCGGAGAGACUGACGGCAUCUCUCUGCAGCGAGCCUUUGGAGUACCGCGAGCCAGGAGGCGAAGGAUGCCGGUGGCUCGGGGAGCCGGCUGCGGGGCAGCGCUUUCCUUCUGGCUGGUCGGCAGCAUCCUCUGCAGAGCCUGGACGGCUCCCGCCACGUCCCAAAAAUGUGACGAGCCACUUGUGUCUGGACUCCCCCAUGUAGCUUUCAGCAGCUCAUCCUCUAUGUCUGGGAGCUAUUCUCCUGGCUAUGCCAAGAUCAACAAGCGAGGGGGUGCUGGGGGAUGGUCUCCAUCAGACAGUGACCAUUAUCAAUGGCUUCAGGUUGACUUUGGCCAUCGAAAGCAGAUCAGUGCCAUAGCAACCCAAGGAAGAUACAGCAGCUCAGACUGGGUGACCCAAUACCGCAUGCUCUACAGCGACACAGGGAGAAAUUGGAAACCCUACCAUCAAGAUGGGAAUAUCUGGGCAUUUCCUGGGAACGUCAACUCCGAUAGUGUGGUUCGGCAUGAUUUACAGCAUCCAGUAAUCGCCCGCUAUGUGCGCAUCGUGCCUCUGGAUUGGAACGGAGAAGGCCGCAUUGGGCUCAGAAUUGAGGUCUACGGCUGUUCUUACUGGGCUGAUGUUAUCAACUUUGAUGGUCAUGUUGUGUUACCAUAUAGAUUCAGAAACAAGAAGAUGAAAACACUGAAAGAUGUCAUUGCUUUGAAAUUUAAAACCUCCGAAAGUGAAGGGGUAAUCUUGCACGGGGAAGGACAGCAAGGGGAUUAUAUUACUUUGGAACUGAAAAAAGCCAAGCUGGUCUUCAGUUUAAACCUAGGAAGCAACCAGCUUGGCCCCAUAUAUGGCCACACGUCCGUGAGGACAGGAAGUCUGCUGGAUGAUCACCACUGGCACUCUGUGGUCAUUGAGCGCCAGGGCCGGAGCAUCAACCUCACCCUGGACAGAAGCACACAGCACUUCCGCACCAAUGGGGAGUUCGACUACCUGGAUUUGGACUAUGAGAUAACCUUUGGAGGCAUACCUUUCUCCGGUAAGCCAAGUUCCAGCAGUAGAAAGAAUUUCAAAGGCUGCAUGGAAAACAUUAACUACAAUGGCAUCAACAUAACUGAUCUCGCAAGAAGGAAGAAACUAGAACCCUCAAAUGUGGGAAAUUUGAGUUUCGCAUGCGUGGAGCCCUACACGGUACCUGUCUUUUUCAAUGCUACCAGUUACCUGGAGGUGCCUGGACGGCUUCAUCAAGACCUGUUUUCGGUUAGUUUCCAGUUCAGGACUUGGAACCCCAAUGGUCUCCUGCUUUUCAGUCAUUUUGCGGAUAAUUUGGGCAACGUGGAGAUUGACCUCACUGACAGCAAAGUCAGCGUUCACAUCAACAUCACGCAGACCAAGAUGAGCCAGAUAGAUAUUUCCUCAGGUUCUGGGUUGAAUGACGGCCAGUGGCAUGAAGUCCGUUUCCUAGCUAAGGAGAAUUUUGUUAUUCUCACUAUCGACGGAGAUGAAGCCUCAGCAGUCCGAACUAACAGUCCUCUUCAAGUUAAAACUGGCGAGAAGUACUUUUUUGGAGGUUAUCGGAACCAGAUGAAUAACUCAAGUCACUCUGUCCUUCAGCCUUCAUUCCAAGGAUGCAUGCAGCUCAUUCAAGUGGAUGAUCAACUUGUAAAUUUAUACGAAGUGGCACAAAGGAGGCCAGGAAGUUUUGCGAAUGUCAGCAUUGAUAUGUGUGCCAUCAUAGACAGAUGUGUGCCCAAUCACUGUGAGCAUGGUGGGAAGUGCUCGCAAACGUGGGACAGCUUCAUAUGCACUUGUGAUGAGACGGGAUACAGUGGGGCCACCUGCCACAACUCCAUCUAUGAGCCUUCCUGUGAAGCCUACAAACACCUAGGCCAGACAUCAAAUUACUACUGGAUAGAUCCUGAUGGCAGUGGACCUCUGGGGCCUCUGAAAGUUUACUGCAACAUGACAGAGGACAAAGUGUGGACGAUAGUGUCUCAUGAUUUGCAGAUGCAGACGACGGUGGUGGGCUACAACCCAGAAAAAUACUCGGUGACACAGCUCGUUUACAGUGCCUCGAUGGACCAGAUCAGCGCCAUCACCAACAGCGCCGAGUACUGUGAGCAGUACAUCUCCUAUUUCUGCAAGAUGUCCAGGUUGUUGAACACCCCAGAUGGAAGCCCUUACACCUGGUGGGUGGGCAAAGCCAACGAGAAGCACUACUACUGGGGCGGCUCCGGGCCCGGAAUUCAGAAAUGCGCCUGCGGCAUCGAGCGCAACUGCACGGACCCCAAAUACUACUGCAACUGUGACGCGGAUUACAAGCAGUGGAGGAAGGACGCUGGCUUCUUAUCCUACAAAGAUCACCUGCCAGUAAGCCAGGUGGUGGUUGGAGAUACUGACCGGCAAGGCUCGGAAGCCAAACUGAGUGUGGGUCCCCUGCGCUGCCAAGGAGACAGGAAUUACUGGAAUGCUGCCUCUUUCCCAAACCCAUCAUCCUACCUGCACUUCUCUACUUUCCAAGGGGAAACCAGUGCAGACAUCUCUUUCUACUUCAAAACAUUAAUCCCCCGGGGAGUGUUUCUUGAAAAUCUGGGGAACACAGAUUUUAUCAAACUCGAACUGAAAUCUGCCACGGAAGUGUCCUUUUCAUUUGAUGUCGGAAACGGGCCAGUGGAGAUUGUGGUGAGGUCACCCUCCCCUCUCAACGAUGACCAGUGGCACCGGGUCACCGCGGAGAGGAAUGUCAAGCAGGCCAGCCUGCAGGUGGACAGGCUGCCCCAGCAGACCCGCAAGGCCCCAACGGAAGGCCACACCCGCCUGGAGCUCUACAGCCAGCUGUUUGUCGGUGGUGCCGGGGGCCAGCAGGGCUUUCUGGGCUGCAUCCGCUCCCUGAGGAUGAAUGGGGUGACACUGGACCUGGAAGAAAGAGCAAAGGUCACAUCCGGGUUCAAAUCCGGGUGCUCGGGCCACUGCACCAGCUACGGGGCAAACUGUGAGAAUGGAGGCAAAUGCAUAGAGAAAUACCAUGGGUAUUCCUGCGAUUGCUCCAACACAGCCUAUGAUGGAACAUUUUGCAACAAAGAUGUGGGUGCAUUUUUUGAAGAGGGGAUGUGGCUGCGGUAUAACUUCCAGGCGCCCGGGUCCGGUGCUAAGGAAUCGGGCAGCAGGUCGGAGAACUCCCUGGACCCGCAGAAUGGGGCCCCGGACCUGGCCCGCGAGGAGAUCUGCUUCAGCUUCAGCACCACCAAGGCACCCUGCAUCCUCCUCUACGUCAGCUCUUUCACCACCGACUUCCUGGCAGUUCUCGUCAAACCCACCGGAAGCUUACAGAUCCGGUACAGCCUGGGUGGCACCAGGGAGCCAUAUAAUAUUGAUGUGGACCACAGGAGCAUGGCCAAUGGGCAGCCCCACAGCGUUAAUGUCACCCGUCACGAGAGGACCAUUACUCUCAAGCUGGAUCAUUAUCCUUCUGUGAGUUACCACCUGCCAAGUUCGUCUGACACUCUGUUCAAUUCUCCCAAGUCGCUCUUUCUAGGAAAAGUUAUAGAAACAGGGAAGAUUGACCAAGAGAUUCACAAGUACAACACGCCGGGAUUCACUGGGUGCCUCUCCAGAGUUCAGUUCAACCAGAUCGCCCCUCUCAAGGCAGCCUUGAGGCAAACAAACGCCUCAGCUCGCGUGCACACCCAGGGCGAGCUGGUGGAGUCCAACUGCGGGGCCUCCCCGCUCACCCUCGCACCCAUGUCGUCUGCCACCGACCCCUGGCACUUAGACCACCUGGAUUCAGCCAGUGCUGAUUUUCCGUAUAACCCAGGACAAGGCCAAGCUAUAAGAAAUGGAGUCAACAGAAACUCAGCCAUCAUCGGAGGGGUCAUUGCCGUGGUAAUCUUCACCAUCCUCUGCACCUUGGUCUUCCUUAUCCGGUACAUGUUCCGUCACAAGGGCACCUACCACACCAACGAGGCCAAGGGAGCAGAGUCGGCAGAGAGCGCGGACGCCGCCAUCAUGAGCAACGACCCCAACUUCACAGAGACCAUUGACGAAAGCAAAAAGGAAUGGCUCAUUUGAGGGGCGGCUCUUUGGUGAUGGGAUGAGGGCAGGGGGAGUGACUGGGGAGGAGGGCAAGGGACAGAAGCACCCUACUUCGUACUCCUGAGCACAUCCUACAAAUAUUAGCACAAGUUGGGGGAGGCAAGCGACAGAAAACUCCUGAGACUGACGGCCACAAGAAAUACUUUCUGAUAUUUAUUUAUAGCUGAGUUUCCCCUUCUGUAUCAAAACAAAAUAAUACAAAAAAUGCUUUUAGAGUUUAAGCAGUGGUUGAAACUUGUAGGUACUACCUGUCUUAUUUUGUGUGUGUUUAGAGGUGUUCUAAAAACCCAUGGUAACAGGGCAAGCUUCCUACAUUUUUCAGAGCCCUUAGAAUGGGGAUAUUUUUUCUUGAGAAAAGCUGAUGCGCAGUAUACAUGACUUCCAGCAUUUUCUUCCUUUUACAUAGAGUCAGCCUCUAACGGGCUACUGUAGUAACUAGUUCGUGUUCACGUAAUAUUUCUUUUGGUGUCCUGUGAAUUGGAAAAGGAGAGAUGGGGCAGAGAGAACCUAUGAUGUGACAGUUCUCAAAGAGACCUCAGUCUGUGCAGCUCUCUGAGAGUUCCCACCAGAAACAGCUGGAGGAAGAGGGGGUGUGGCCCCUCUUGUGUGACAACGUGUGAUCAGUACAACCGAGAGCAGCUUUCAGAACCGAGGAAGCAGUUUCCUGUUGGGAUCGUUGCUUUUAUAUUUCAUCAGAUUCUGCAAGAUAAUACUGUUCCACGUCUGCAGUCUUAGCCCUAUCCAGUGUCUGUAACUAUCAGCUACGAUACCUGGUGACCAGCUGUUACAAAAAAAUUUUCCCUCUGCUUUACCUACAACAUAUUGGGUUAGCUUGUAUGUGUGUGUAAGCACCUCAGUGGGGAAUUAGAGCCAGAUGUUAAGACUUGUCUGCUCUGUUUCUUUUAUAGUUGGUAGCAAGAGUACGGAUGCUUCCUAGUAAAUGCAUAAAUUAUGUUGGUCUUCUUAUUUUGCUUUAAAUCUCUAGUCUUUAAGCCCCGGGACAAGAUCCUAGCAGACAGUGUCCUCUGAAUGGAUGAACCAAAAUAAAGCCAAGUUGUGACUGCUAGUUUUGUUAUUGCUGUUACUCUGGAAUCAUGUGGAACACGCUGCCGUAUUUUAACUCAUCUACUUCCAUGUAUUGUUCCAUCCUAAACAGACACACUGCCAUGAUUCAGGGGCCU